AUGGCAUCGUCCGCAGUUCCUGAUGAGAGACGGCCUCUGCUAAGCGACGACGGCUUGGAAGAGCGUGCGGCGUCCGAGACGACGAGUUCGACGUUGGCGGAUGCGGAUGGGUUGUCGCCAACCGAGAGCCCUUCCUAUCACGGCCACGCGGACAAACAAGCGCUCGGCGCGCUCUUCUCCUCCCUCCUCAUCGACUCCGUUCCAGUGAUUUUGUCGUAUGUCCUCCAAAACUCGAUUCAAUUUGUGGCCGUUAUCGUUUCCGGGCGUCUGGGCCCCGACGAGUUGUCCGCGGCCGCUUUCUCGCUGAUGCUAGCCAUGGCCCUCGGCUGGUGUGUCGCGCUGGGCGGCACGACCGCACUCGACACGUUGGGUUCUCAGGCAUUCACAGGCGGAGACCGGCCGUCGGUGUCCAUUCAUCUCCAGCGCUGCAUUAUCCUCCUCUGGGUGCUCUUCAUACCCGUCGGCUUUCUCUGGGCCUUCAUAGAACCCGCUCUUCUGCUUACUGGCCAGGAAGAGCGGCUCAGCCGGGACGUUCAGUCAUUCCUCCGCGUUCUCCUUCUCGGCGCUCCGGGCUACAUCGCUUUCGAGAGCCUCAAGAAAUACUUACAGUGUCAAGGGAUUAUGCGGGCUUCGACUUACGUUCUCCUCCUGGUCGCUCCGGUCAACGUGGCUCUGAACGUGGUUCUAGUUCACCACACUUCUCUUGGCGUUCUCGGUGCUCCCCUUGCUAUCUCUAUCACAUUCUGGCUAUGCUUCUUCCUCCUGGUGCUCUUUACCUAUCUUUCGCCGACCCAUCACAAAAAUGGAACAUGGGCUGGACUUCAACCUGCCGUCGUCUUCGAUGUGGGCAGCUGCAUAUACUUCCUUAAACUUGCUAUCCCGGGUAUCCUCAUGGUCGGCACGGAAUGGGCUGCAUUCGAAAUUGUCGCGCUAGCAGCCGGCCGCCUGGGCGCGCUCCCUCUCGCUGCUCAGUCUGUCAUUAUGACGACUGACCAAAUCCUGAACACCAUUCCGUUUGGCAUCGGCGUUGCGGCAUCGACCAAAGUAGGAAACUACAUCGGCGCGCGGUCCGUGCUCGGCGCAAAACGCGCCAGCCAUGCCUCUGCGCUUCUGAGCGUGGUCGCCGGCCUUGUCGUCAUGGUCGUGCUUAUCGCUACGAAAGACGUUUUUGGCUAUCUGUACAGCGAUGACAAGGACGUGGUCGUUCUCGUUAGCAAGGUCAUGCCCCUCGUGGCGUCAUUCCAGAUCGCCGACGGUCUCGCGGGGUCUUGCGGCGGUGUCCUUCGUGGCCAAGGCCGUCAGCACCUCGGCGCGCUGUUCAAUCUCGUCGCGUACUACGUCUUGGCGUUGCCGCUCGGCAUUACGCUUGCCUUCCACCCGAAGACGCACAUGGGUCUCCAAGGUCUUUGGAUAGGCCAAGUCGUUGCCCUCUUCAUCGUCGGAUUGAGUGAGUACGCGGUCGUGUGGCUCGGGACUGACUGGCCCGGAGAGAUCCGCCGCAGCGUCGAGCGCAAUGAGGCUGAGGCGAAGAGGAGGCAGUCAUAUGCGCAGCGCCAGCUGUCCGAGUGACAGUGGCGUGAGCAGUCUAAGUCAACAUGUGCCACAGAUUCGUACAUUCGCUGUAUAUAACUAGAAGAAAAUCACGUAUAUAGUCUCAUGCGUCCCG